AUGGUUAACAACGGAGUACCCGUUUCCUCGCUCGUCGGAACAGGAAAUGUGGAUCGGCUGCUUUCAGAAAUCGACAAAUUGUACUCGCGCAUUGUGGCCCAGGUCCUUAACGCCAACCGCAAUCAAUCGCUGCAAACCACAAACGCUAAGAGCACAUCUUCUCCGCUCACCGUGUCCGGUUCUCUACACAUUCCAGACCGCAUCCGACUCACCCAGACGCCCGUUUCGACGAGGAUCUUGGAGGUACUACUACUCAUCAUGACAACUUGCGCUAUCGACGUGUAUUUGGUCGCAGCGGAUAGUACGUCUACCAAUGGCAUCUUGCCGCAAAACCCGCAUUGUAUCGCUGCUGUUGCUAGCUUGCUUGCAAACUCAAGCAUUGUUCAGAAGGGACGAGAGGAUGUGGAGAGAGGAGUGGUAGCAGUUCAGAAGCAACCGCUUAUACCUCCAGGAUCUGAAUGUUGUAGCGAUAAGGAGCUGGCACGGAGAGGUAUCUUCGAGGGAUACUCGUUUUCAAUGGGAUACUGGCGAGAUGGCGGAAACGAAGGAAGUGUAGGUGCCGGAGUUCAUAAUGCGAAGGCAAAGGGAUGGUUUGGUAUUGAUGUAGGAGUGGCCUCGCGGGUGUAGUAAAGUAGAACAACGAGAUGCACUUUUAGAUGUUAGGAAUUUCCUUCCGUUGAAAAGCAAAUACUCUCUUUCGACCCACA